AGUUCGAACCCGCCAAAGUUAUGCUCAGGCACGUUUGCAGAAUGGACACUCUGAGAACAGUUUUUCAACACCAGCUCCUGCUAACAGUACUGUAAUGGCCCCUCCUGCUGCACCUGUUUCAGGACCCCUCCAACCAACUCAGAAGGCUAACACAGUUGUGACUAAUGCAUCUUGUCAAAUGGCACAACAACGCAAUGCAGUCACACGGGCUGGUGCAAAAUUAGGGUUGCGGGACAGAAGGCCAGGUUCCCUGACGGUUCCUGUGAAGAAAGGAGACAUGCCAUAUAAUGAAGACCCCUCAGCUCGGAGAAGAUCAAAUGUAGUAAAAGAAGUGGAUAAAAUUAAAAAGCAGAGAGAAGAGAGAAGGAUGCGACAAGCUGAACAGAAAGCAGAGAAACAAGAGCUUAUGAAUAUUGAUCCGGGAAAUCCAAAUUGGGAAUUUAUAGGAAUGAUAAGAGAAUACCAGUCCCAACUUGAGUACAGACCAAUCAUGAUGAAUGAUCCCGUUCAAGUCCAACAGAUUUGUGUUGCAGUCAGAAAAAGGCCCCUGAACAAAAAAGAAAACAUAAGAAAAGAAGUGGAUGUAGUCACUGUACCAAAUAAAGAACUUACCGUGGUUCAUGAACCCAAGCUCAAAGUUGAUCUCACCAAGUAUCUGGAAAAUCAAGUCUUUAGAUUUGACUAUGCCUUUGAUGAGUCAUCUGAUAAUGAAUUAGUCUACAAAUUUACAGCUAAACCCUUAGUGCAAACUGUUUUUGAAGGAGGAAUGGCUACUUGUUUUGCAUAUGGUCAAACAGGAAGUGGGAAGACACACACUAUGGGAGGAGAUUUCCAGGGUAAAUCACAAGACUGUACUAAGGGAAUCUAUGCACUGGCAGCAAACGAUGUUUUCAAGAUUUUGAAUUCUGCCAAAUACCGAAGUGAAGAUUUGAUUGUAGCAUCCAGUUUCUUUGAAAUAUACAGUGGAAAGGUCUUUGAUCUGUUGAAUAAUAAAGCUAAGUUAAGGGUUCUGGAAGAUGGGAAGCAGCAAGUUCAAGUGGUUGGCCUUCAAGAAAACCUUGUAGAGUGUGUAGAGGAUGUACUUAGGUUGAUUCAGCAUGGUAACAGUGUACGAACAUCAGGACAAACGUCAGCUAAUCAGCAUUCAUCCAGAUCACAUGCAGUUUUCCAGAUUAUUCUGAGAAAGAGGAUGACAGGUCGACUACACGGCAAGUUUUCUUUAAUUGACUUGGCAGGGAAUGAACGUGGAGCAGACACCUCGAGUGCAAACAGACAGACUAGAAUGGAGGGAGCAGAAAUUAAUAAAAGUUUAUUAGCACUAAAGGAAUGUAUCAGAGCUUUGGGACAUAAAGGAGCUCACCUGCCUUUCCGAGCAAGUAAGCUAACCCAGGUUUUGAGAGAUUCUUUCAUUGGGGAGAAUUCUCGCACAUGUAUGAUAGCAAUGAUUUCUCCGGGUUUGAGUUCCUGUGAACAUUCGCUGAACACACUUCGAUAUGCAGACAGGGUGAAAGAACUUGGGGUGGAUAAUCCUGAAAACCCGGAAGUUAGAGCCGAUCAAAUUGAAGACGUAGAGAUGAUGACGCAAGACGAUGAUGACGAUGACUUUGCUCUUUUGAGAUCAACAAAUGAGGGAGAGCUUUCCGAGGAUUUAGUUACAUUCCAUACGGCUAUUUCUCACCUCCAGAGAAUGGAAGAGGAAAUUCUGGAUAUUCAUAAAGCUUUGAUUGAUGCAAGUCACAAGUGGUUAGAAGUUGAUUGCAGCCUACUAAACAUGGCAAAUGAAGUAGACUAUGAUGUGGAUGCUUAUGCCCAGCAGUUACAAGAUAUCCUAUCAGAGAAGGUUGAAGCUCUUGCAGGAUUCAAAGAUAAAGUCGCUUCCUUUCGUCACCAGUUAGCAGAAGAAGAACAGAUUAGUAAGAACAUGAAACGAGUGCCAACUAAAUAGUGUUUUCUUAAUGAUUCAUCUUUUUCUUUUCUGUCCACUCCAAUGAGCAAGUACCCAAGGGACCAACUGUGUUAAGUGUAUCGCAGCCUUGUAAUGCUCACUCAGAAAGACCUGAAAAUUGCCCCAAUAUUAUAGUUAAGAGUGUAAGGAUUGCUAAGACCCUCCACAAUUAAAUACUAUGAGCUACAAAUCACUUUUGAAAAGAUUAGAAAGACAAAUAUUGAUAAUUUCAUUAACAGGGAUGUUGGUAAAAAGUUAUGGCUAGCUUUGACACUAACUUCACAUUUUACCAACAUUUUUGUUAACGAAACAAUCAAAAGCUGUCUUUCUAAUUUUUUGAAACUAAGUGUUGAGAUGAAGUAAUUCUAAGUUAAAACAAAUUCAGCCACAAUAUUAACAUGUGAUUUUCUUGUUCCAUGAGGGUAGAAAACUAUAUGGGAGAUUUUUAAAAGACUUAAUAUUGACAGCAUUUACUUGUUGCACUGCUUAAAAUACAUGUAGUAAAAAAACGUGUGUGUACAUAUAUGUAGAGAGGGAGAGAGACAAAAUGCUUGUCUUUUUUCCAGAUAAACACGUUUUAGUUAAGGAAUGGACUGUGAUUUUUCUGUUCUCUGCUUCUGUAAUGAAAAUUGUACAGUAACUUAAGAAUGGUACAGUCCUCAUGUAAUAGACAUUAAUCUGCAAAUGUUAUACAGUGAUUUUCUUUCUUUAACUUUUAUUAAAAUCUAACUUUUAUGAAAGGAGCCACAAAAACUUAUUUUGCUAUUUUUUAAUAAAGAUUUUUUUGUUUA